UUAAAGAACUUCAUCUCAUCCAUUGAGUUUUUUUUAAAAGAAAUAAAUAAAUUCUUUUACUUGAAAAAUCUUCCUCCUUUUAUAAGAAAAAAAAAGAAUGUGCAGAAUUAAAAAAAGGAUAAAAAUUAUCCGCACCGAAUAUUUACACCAAGUCAAUACAUGUAUGUCAUGUGUUUAAAUUUUAUAGUUUAUUUUGUUUCAUUAAAUCACGAAGCUGUGGAGUAGUGCCCAAACAUCUGUUUUCUCAAAGUUGGCAUGGAAGAAGUGGAGUAGUGCCCAAACAAUCACCCAUGAUUCAUGACAAGAAAAUGGAGCUAUUAUUAGAUUAUCAUUCAAUGGCUUAUCCAUUGUUUGAAAGAUUAAAGAGAUUGUUGUAUUGCAAGUUUUUGUAAAUAUGCAUGUUGAAUAGUGUGAAACAUCUUGAAGAGUUUUGAUUUUGAAGAUUCAAGUGUUGAGUACUAGAUUGCUCCUUGUGCCAACACAUGGUUGAAAUACAAUUAAAACUUAAAAAUAAUAAAAAACAUGUAAUAGUAGUUAAGAAUCUAACUAGAUGUCCGUAUAACCAUUGGUUUAUAUUUUUCUAUAUCAUCCAUAUUUUUCUAUACCAUCACAAACAGUUGAUGGGUUUUUGUGGACUAUUCAAAUUGAUCUAUAUUUCCACCCUAGUAUGGUAUUUUCUUUUCUUUGUCUUGAUUCUCUUUGUUUAAUCAAUUCUUGUUAUUUCAAUAUGAUAUUGUUUGCAGGAAUUCUAUGGUUGUGUUUGAAUUGAUUUGUUAAAGGUGGGAUUUUUAUUCUCUGUCUUGAUAUAAAGGGAAUUUAUCCUAGUUUUUAUUAUUUUUUUUAGAAGAAAAAUUGAUCCCAUUUCUGAGAAAGUUGCUUCAUUUUAGGUUGUUGAGAUUGGAGUUUAAAAUGAGGAAAGUUGUAAUUUUUCCUAUUAAAGUGUGUUUUAGGACAAUUUGGAAUCAUCCAUUCCUUGUAGGUAUGUUGUGUUUCUUGGCAUUUUUGUACAAAUCAUUUCCUUUUGUGUUUUCAAUCUUGGUGUCUGUUUCCCCUAUUCUUGUCUGCACUACUGCAUUGCUUGGAACUUUACUAAGUUAUGCUCAGCCUAAUGUACCUGAAUUCGAAUGGAAAGAGAACACAAUUGAUCAUGUAGUGCCUUUGGAAACACGAGAUGCUAGUGGUGUUGAGAGUGAUAAUAGUUACUUCACCGAAAGAUGUAAUGAUCAAGAGAGGGAUAAAGUAGACCACUCAACGCGUAGUGAGGUUCAUAGGGGUAAAAGGUUUGGAGGAGUUUUAGUUGGUGGAGUUUCGGGGCAAAUGGCAAGGGAGUUUUAUGAGAAUAAGAAUGAAGAUAAAUUUAGUGAUGCUGAACUUGUGGAGAAUCAGUAUUCUCCAACUUCAAAGGUUGAUGAUGAGACCCUUGAGUUUGAUAAUGACAAAUCAGUUGAUUCAUUCGAUUCUAGGAGGGUUAAUCUUGAUUCUCCUCCCGGUUCUUGGAAACGUAGGGAGGAGGCCUUAUAUUCGGGGUCUGAUGGAGCAGAGAGCUCAUCUCCUGAUGCUUCAAUAGCUGAUAUUAUGCCAAUGCUUGAUGAGCUACAUCCACUUUUACAGGAAGACAAUCCUCAACCUAUCGGUUUGUCACAAGAUGUUUCUCAUGCUCCUUCAGAGAGUUCUACCAAAUCCUCCGAGAGUGAUGAUGAAUCUGAUGAUAUUUCUGAAGACCAGGAAGAAGUAGAAGUUGCGGAGGAUGAUGAUGAAGAAGAAGAAGUUCAAGAUACGGAAGGUCCAAAGUCUGUUAUUACAUGGACGGAAGAGGAUCAGAGAAAUCUAAUGGACUUGGGAACCUCCGAGCUAGAAAUGAAUCAACGAUUGGAGAGUGUUAUUGCAAGGAGAAAAUCACAAAAGAACAUGAGUUUCAAAGAUGAGAAGAGUUUGAUAGACUUGGAAACUACUGAUUUCAUUCCUCCCAUUUCAACAGCAAGACAGAACCCUUUUGAUCAACCUAAUGACAACUACGGCCCUGAACUUCCUCAAAUCCCUGGAUCUGCUCCGUCUAUUUUGUUGCCAAGGUAUAAGCGGAAUCCAUUUGAUCUUCUUUAUGAACCAAGUGAAGAAAAACCUGAUCUUACACGAGAUACUUUCGAACAAGAGAUUAUCACAUCUCAACCAAAAGAGACAUUUUUUAGGAGGCACGAAAGUUUUAAUGUCGGGCCCUCAAUCUUUGGGUUGAACAAGAAAGAUACACGAUUUAGACCUUAUUUUGUUCCUGAUGUGAUGGCUGAUGAAGAAACAAGUUAUUCACCAUUUCAAAGGCACCCUAGUGAUCUUAGUGAUUCUAAAGCAAGUUCUGUUCUUGAAACGGAGUCACAAGGCUCAAUUGAAGAUCUUGAAUACAAGAACCUGAAUGAAGAAGAUGUAGAAGACAAGAACAUAACAGAUGAACCUAUGCCAGAGCUUAUAUCGAAGAUAGAACAUGCUACCGAUGAUAUUGGGCAUGGAAGCCAAUCGUCUGAAGAAGUAGAAUGUUUGGUCUUAGGUGCAUCUGAUAAAAGAGAUAUUGAACUCGAUGACACUGAUGUUAAACAAUUAAAUACGAAAAAUCAUCAUGAAGUAGUACCAAUUGUGUUCCAGGAAGAAACAACAAUCAUUUCCACGAAACUUGAUCCAUCUAAAAUUUGUUCAAAUUCAGCUACUUCUGAACAAAAAUGUAGUAGUCAAUCAAGUUCUUCGUCAUCAUCAGAAGAAGAAGGUGAAAGGAUCUUUCCCGACAAAGUAGAAGUAAAAUUAACUUCAGAGGACACGAUGUUUCAUAUUGAAACCAUUUCGGAGCAUCCUAAUGUGUCAAAUCUAAACAUCACAAAGAGUUCAGUAGAGGAAAGUUCACAUUUGGAACCUAUUUAUGAUGCCAGUCCUCCUUCCAUUAAGAAAAAUACUUCUUCCUCUUCAAUUGCUUCAGAUAUGGUUCUAGCAUCUGAAACAGGGCAUGCCCCUGAGACGGAACCUAUGGAAAAUAGUCAAGACACUGAAAAGUCCAUCACGAAGAAGGAACGAAUAUUUUCAUCAGUAGAUUCAAAAGAAUUGAGGCUAACGGAGGCUAUAACCAACACAAAUGAUCUCCAUGUCGCAAAGUUGGAGAUAUCAAAACAUGAUGAAGUCGCUCCUCCAGUGCUUGUAGCAGAUAUUCAAUUGCCCACAAAAGAGGCCACACCUGUUUCAAUGGAGAAAGCAGGGACCACGAAUGUGUCAAAAGUUGAUCCUGAGUCUGUUCUUAAGCCAUCUAAUACUAAGAUGGAAACUGAAGAAUCAGAGAGUUCGAAUAAUGGAUCAGUUCAUACGGUAUCAAGUUCGAAUAAUGCAAGCAAAAUAGAUAAUAAAGUUGUAAAACAAGAAGAUAAGGUAACUAUCACCGAAAAGUCAAAUCAUGAAGUUGAUUUGACUCAAGAGACAAGUGUAGCUUCUGGUGAUGUUGUAAACAACAAAGAUAACGACACAAUUCAAGUUCCAGUGAAUUCAAAAGAAAAUGUGGACAACUAGAAAAUUGAAAGAACAAACAAGUAUCUUUUUCCUUCAUGUUUAGUAUAGGAGUAGUUAGUAUUCUUUUUUUUUUCUUACUUGAAGAAUUUUUCUUAGCAGUUGCGUAGAUAGUGAGAGAAAAAGGGAUUGUUACUUGUUACAGAUAAACAAUAUACAUUUUGGCAUGUAAAACUUUGUUUCUAUGUAAAUAAUAUCGAAACAUUAUUCGCGAGAA